UGACUAUCACAAGAAACAGAAUGCCCUCAGAGCACUUCAAAAGAAAGCUCUGGACAAGAAUCCUGAUGAGUUCUACUUUAAAAUGAUACGUGCAGAGCUCCAGGAUGGAGUUCAUAUAAUAAAGCAGCCAAAGGAUGAAGUGACCCCUGAACAGAUGAAAUUGAUGAGGACACAGGAUAUUAAAUAUGUGGAAAUGAAAAGAGUGGCAGAAGCCAAGAAAAUCGAAAGGCUGAAGUCGGAGCUCCAUCUGCUGGAUGCGGAGGGGAAGAAUCCCAACAAGCACGUGUUCUUUUUUGAUACCAAAAAAGAAGUUCAGGAGUUUGAUAUUGCAACUCAUCUGGAUACUGUUCCAGAGCUCGUAGAUAGAGUGUACAACCGACCGACCAUUGCAACAUUGCAGAAAGAGACUCUGAAAGGGGCUACUGAUCCUGCCCACUUAAAGAAAUUAGCCCAGCAAAGGAAGAAUCAGUAUGACCUCCUGAAGCAGCGCAUUGAAAGGGAAAAGGCCAUGUUUGUUAUUGCACAGAAAAUCCAGACACGUAAAGAUCUUUUGGACAAAACUCAUAAAGUAAAGGUGAAGAAAGAGACAACAAAUGGUCCAGCUAUUUACAAAUUCAAAUUUCAGCGGAAACGUUAGCCAUUCCAUUAAAUAAUCGUUACCAUCUUUGCUUAGAAAGAGAGAGGAUUCUCCUUAUGAAGAAGGACUGGUACACACUGUAUCAGUUUGUUUUUCACUGCAGCCUAACACUUUGUUAAAACAAAUUACUCUGGGCCUGUGGUAGCCAUAAAUAUAUUGUAUCUAAUUAAUUGUUUAAUAAAUCGGAGAGUUUGUUCUCUUG